CUCGACUGCACCCCCGACAUCUGGGCGCUGCACGACUGGAGCGUCUGGCUCACGCCCUUCUCGCCGCGCGGCGGCCGCCGCUUCGACACGACCUUCUUUCUGUGCUGCCUGCGUGAUCCGCCGCCCGUCUACCCGGACUUGGAAGAGGUGGUGGGCAGCCAGUGGUCAUCUCCAUUAGAGGCAACUGAAAGUUUCAUAUCAAAAGAAAUUUGGAUGGCACCCCCACAGUUCUAUGAAAUAAGAAGACUCGAAAACUUUGCCUCUCUCUCUGACUUGCACAAGUUUUGUUUGGAUCAUGUAUUAGAAGGGGUGGAAAGAUGGAUGCCGAUCUUAUUAUUAACUGCUGAUGGGCAGAUCUCACUUUUACCAGGAGAUGAGCUGUACUUAGAAGAUUCAAACUUCUUAGAAAAUCUUUUGUCCACUGAAAAAAAGACUGAAGAAAUCAUGAAGGAAGGCAAGAAAUUUCACCGAUUAGUGAUAUACAGUCGCCAUGUUUAUAGUAUCCAUGUGACUGUUCAGUCAAAGUAUAAACAUGUUUAUCCUAAGACCUAUGUAAUAAGUAAGAGCCAUUUGUAGUGCAUUGUUUAAAGCUGGCCUACUUGAAGUUGUCCUAAUAAAUAAUGAGGGAUAAAUAGACUUGCUUGGAACUUGAAGGAACUUUGUGCCUAUAAAAGUUUUAGUACAGUGUUUUAUAUUUCAAGUGUAUUAUGGAGCUCUCUUGCUUAUUUUGUCUAAACCUUACAGUGUCACGCAAGUAUAAAGUAUUAGUGAUCUUUUUACUAAAAUGAGAAAAAAAAAUUUCACAAGGGUUUCCACUUCUGUAUUGUUUUAUUAUCAAAAGUUUAAAUAAAAUGUUCUACUGCCAUUGUUUUUUAAA